AUUAAAGAAAUAAAAGACUUAACAUAAAUCCAAAAGCCCCUAUACCAAGAUGAAAAAACAAUAAUAUUUAUCACAACCCAAAUACGUCCUUUACUUUCUUAAUCAUAUUUGUUAUUCUACAAUCCUUUUCAGUAUAAAUUCUGGCAAAUGCUAACCGGAUUUUUGUGACAGAAACAUCCAUGGAGGAGAACACAGACAAUUUGUUCCGCAAAUUACCUGAUGAGCUUCUUUGUCGCAUCAUUUCUUUUCUUCCUUCUGAGACUGCAUUAGAAACCAGUUUGGUUUCAACUCGAUGGAGAGGUUUAUGGAACCUGGUUUCAGUGAAACAAGGAAAUCUAGAUGGGAUUGCCUGUUCAAUUGCUGAGUUUUUAACCCAUUUUGACAGACUUGAUCCAUUGAAGCAACCAAGGAAGCUUCAAUUUCACUUGGGCAAAGAUAGUACUGUCUUAGCCACGAUUGCAGCCAAUGAUAAACUCCAAGUGGAUUUCUCUACUGUGAAGCAGGAAUUUCCAAAGCAAUUUGAUUGGAAAUUGGUGCUGAUCAACCACCACGAUGUUACCCACCAGCCAUGCCCAUCUAAUUUCUUUGUUAAAACUCUGAAUCUGAAAUCAGUUGGCCAUCUUACUAAUGAGGCUGUUUCUUCCAUGAUGUCAAAGUUUCAGUUCCUUGAGAGCUUGAAAAUCAUUGAGUGCAAUGGGCUGCAAACAUUAUGUGUUGAAUCCACUCCAAAGCUUCAAAACUUAACCAUCUUUGACUGUCCAGAUUUAAUAUCUCUCCGUAUUAGAUCCUCUAAACUCCGAUCUUUUCGUUUCCGAGGUAAACUCCCUAGGAUUACACCUGAAUAUCAUUUUAACCUGGUGGAUGCCAUGCUUGAUUGCAGACAAGGUCCUGGAUACGGUGGUUUCAAAAGCAGUGACUUUGAUCCUGCUCUAUUAACCAUAAAGAAUGCUGAAGUUCUAACACUAUGUAGAUGGACUUUCGAGGCAUUGAUCUGGCCAGGAAUUUCUCCAUUAAAAGGGAACUUCCAAUUCUAUAAACUGAAAGAACUAUGGUGGAUUGAUUCUUCAAAAGAUGGAUACUGUGCUGAUGCCUUGAUCUACUUUCUCAAGCUCUGUCCUGCUUUGGAGAGACUCUUUGUAACUAUUGAUGAAAAAAGCUAUUGUAUUCCAAUCAUGGCCACAUGCACAAAAGAAGUUGAUAGGCAUACAAAAUUGGGUCAUGUAAAAGUGGUUAAAUUGGAUGGAUUUACAAAGCAAGAGGAUGAGAUCUCAUUGCUAAAGCAUAUAAGAGAGCUAGUCAAAGUAGAUCCACUCACCAUAACAUCAUCCAACGAGAAUUGUUUUCGGAGUUCGGUUAAGGAAUCUCCAUAUCAGCCAAAAUUCUGUAGCAAUUUUCUAAUGGAAGCACCCUGGUCAGAGGGAAGGAAGAAUUCAGAUCAUUUUGAAGAAGUCAACGAUAUUAAUAAUUUGUGCCCAAAACAUGCUCAAAUGGGUCUAAUGGCUCCAAAAUUUGGGCAGAUUUGAUUUGUCUCUAUCCAAAAGGUACUCAGUUUUUGUCAUGCACCCAACAAUUGGAGUGCAGGAUGCUAAAAGCUAAGAUGGUGGAUUAGAAACUUUGUAGGAAUUGCAAAUUGUGACAAGCACAAUGCUUAGUUUUCGAAAAAUCAUUUCAAUUGUUACUUAAGGCUCCUCUCAGUGUAAAAUGAGCUUGUAAAAUGUGUCAAACACUUGUCAAAAAAAAAAAAAAAAAAAAAAAACACUAUGCACUUUCAAUGAAACUU